AAGGUGGUAAGUGGGGGCAGGGACAACUCUAUUUAAUGGAUUUCGUUUAUUGUAUAGCUGUUAUCUGGAAAAAUCAGUCUGGUGAGGAACAUCACAACUUUUGCUACUUAUUCACAACGGCCCUGUUCACAUCAAAUCAAGAAUGUCAUACCUUUCGCCCAUCUUAGUUAUUGGAGGACAAGGAGGUUCUGCCUUUGACUUCAGUGGUACCAACAGUGGAGCAACACUGAAAAAGAUAUGGGUGUGGGUUGUGAGCUCGCGGGUGAAGGCUUUGAAGAUUUGGCUUACUGAUGGUCAAAACCAAGAAUUUGGAAAUCCUGCAGGGGAUUUUUCUGAAUUUGAGUUCGGGGAUGGAGAGCAUAUCACCAAGCUUUCACUGUGGGGAAAUGGUGCUGGAACACGUUUGGGUGCUAUAAAAUUCCGAACAAGUUCCUCACGGGAGUUCUUUCCUCAAAUGACCGAAUGGGGGCUGAAAACUGAGUACCAUAUUGAUGUUGGCUCUGGGAUCUGCGUUGGACUUUGUGGAAGGUCUGGUUCAGACAUUGAUUCCUUAGGUUUCCAAUUCAUUAAUACCAUCAAGUCUACCGUAUUGAAGGAUGUCCAGUACCCCACACUUCAUGAUGUAAUACCCCAGGUGGCUGUUGAGGAAAUCAAGUCCAUGACCUACGAAAACAAAUCUACUGUCACUCAAGAAUACAAAUUGGAAACGUCUAAAACCGUCACCAAAAAGUCAUCGUGGUCUGUGACCAACAAGUUAGAAACAAGCUUUAACAUUGAGGUGAAAGCAGGAAUUCCAGAGGUAAUAGAAGUAUCUACUGGAUUUAGCUUCACAGUGGGAACAGAAAGCACACAUACUUUAGAAGAAGAGACAUCCACUACUGAGACUCUGUCUUUUCCGGUUAGUGUUCCUGCUGGGAAGACCGUACAUGUUGACGUCACUAUUGGUAGAGUUACAGUUGAUCUCCCCUACACUGCCACAGUGGAAAUUACCUGUCUCAAUAACAGUGUUCUGAAGUUUAACACCAGUGGAACCUACUAUGGUCUCACUUACACAGAUGUAAAAGUAGUUACAAAGUAAAAUCCUUAAACUGUUGCAUAGGCAGAUUCACAAUGAUUUAUGUGAUGUCUAUGUCUGAAAUAGUUAUCUGAGGACAGAUCAAUGUCAUCAAAGAAACCAUAGUUUAAACUGAUGUGUUUAACUUGUGAAAGAGACCAUGGGACAACAUAGUGAACUAUUUGAUUACGUUUGAAGAAUGGUGACUUUUAGGAAAGUUACACUGUAAAAAAACAUAUUUUUACAGUUUUUUAUUAUUCUUUUUCUUUUCUUUUCUCCAAAUUUUCCUUGUAUUUCAAAAGUAAAAGAAAUCUAUCUUAAAAGUAUAAUAAUAAAUCGUUGAUUUCAAUGUGUAAUGAUAUCACCCCAAAAAAUCGGUAUAAAUGGAAUAAAACAACAACAAAAAACAUUGCUUUUAGAAAUGACGUGUCAAAUCCUAAUGUCCGCUGUUGCAGGAGAACUCUUGAGGGUGUAUAAAAUCCUGUUCAUAUCAAUUUUACUUCAUGUAAGACAACUAGAAAAUGUAUAGGCAGUGUCUCCUCUAUGAAUUCAAUCAUUAAAAGAAGUGCUUGACCAAAUUGUAUUUGCUGUUUGAGCUUUAGUGCUUGCCUCGUGUAUCAGUUAAAAAAGUGUGCUGUGGCUAAGUUUCCACAGCAUGUGGAAGUCUACUCAGUUGCUGUACUAAUCAUUUUGUAAAACAAUCCAUCAAUAAAAUCUAGCAAUUCAGA